AUGGUCCGUCUACCUGCUAUGCUGACCAAGUCGGCUUCUCGUCUUGCCAACCGCCAUUUCAUCUUCACAUUUGCCGUCUUGGCCAUCUUGGCAGCCAAGCUCUCACAUAUCCACAGCCAUCGCACUGCUGUUGCUACGUCUCGAUUACUUACCUUUUUCGGUACAUUCUUUAUCCAAGAUAUCGUCCUUCUUAUUAUAAUACGACUUCUCCUCGAACCUCCUCUUACAGCCAAGAUCGCACAAUACACAACCGCUACCCUUGCUGGUGUCCUCAUCAUCUACAAUGUCGCCCUCGCCGUUAUUUCCGUUACAUUUUACCUCGUCGCCGGAUCCGAAAUCCACUGGCAGAACAUCAAUAUGGUCUCUGACCCCACGUCAAGAGCGAUCUUCCUUUCCGGUCUUGUCACCCUGAUCCUGGUCCUAGCAGCCCUACUGUUAGUCAGCUGGCCACUGCAGGAUGUUUGCUACGCAACCUUUGGAUGGGGCGCUGAUGUCGUGUCUUUUCCCUUCUUAUUCGCGGGGAGGGCAGCCAAUCGUCUCUUGAGAAAGCGAAACAUUUACGGCCGAAUCCCCGAACCUGAAGUCGAUGCAUUCAACAACCAAUACUCCGACGGCGACGAUGAUUUGUCUCAAGACUCGGUUGGCUUUGCAAAGUCGCAAACUUCCUAUUCGCGCCUCUCGCAGCGCAUGCGCAAAGUGUGUGGUGUUCGCAUUCAGCCUUCGACCGUGAGACGUCUCUUUCAUAGUAUUCCUUAUCUUUCUUGGCAUGUCUUCAUCUUGGCCCUUUUUGUCCUGUCUCUCGAACGACCCAGUGAUCGAUCCCUGACUUUCCUUUCUUGGACUGCUGGUCUUCUCCCAUUCGUUGACAUGUCUUCAACCUCGCCUCUCCUGGACCAGCUACCAACACACUUCAAAGUCGGCAUCCAACAUGAGUGGGAUGAGCGAUCAGCUGUUGCCGAGCCACCCAAGUUUAAUUGGCUACCCAAGGGCAAGUCACUGGCUGGUUUCGAAGAUUGGUAUGCCCAGGACGAGAUGCACUACUCUUCCGUCUCAGAUCCUACCAAGAUCUCGAACCUUGAACAACCACUGCUGGAGGAGCUCCAAGGCAAGCUCAAGGAUGUUCCUGUGAAGCAUGUGAUCAUGUUCCUCCUCGAAAGCACCAGAAAUGAUGUGUUUCCCAUUAAGAAGGAUGGUCCCCUCUGGAAUCGCUUCCAGGACUCGUACCCUAACAAGAAGAUUCCUCGAGAAGCGCUGGAUAGACUCUCUACGUUAAUGCCUACCGCCAAUUACAUCACAGGUGACUACGACGACGGUUUCAAGCAUGAUAAGACUCCGAAACGCGGUGGUCCCCGCUUCACAAACGCCUAUACCUCUGCCACAUACACUCUCAAAAGUCUCACGGGCACAAUUUGCGGCCUGAACCCUCUUAUCGCAGACUUCAACCUCGACUACAAGCGACAUAUCUAUCAACCCUGCCUCCCUCAAAUCUUCGACGCGAUGAACAAGGCCGACCCGUCUUCCUCGAAAUGGAAGUCCUACUUCUUCCAAACUGCUACGAUCCACUACGACAACCAUGACAAGCUCAUGGCAGCUAUGGGAUUCCCCAAGGAGAACACGAUUGACCGAGAUUGGCUUCGCAAUGAGAAUGCGACACACGGAGCGGUUGAGUUGGAGGACAUUAACUACUUUGGCUUCCAAGAAGACCCUCUUGAGGACUACAUCCGUGAUGCGUUUGAGGAUGCCGAGAAGAACGAUGGCCGAGUUUUCCUUACACAUAUCACAAGCACGAGUCAUCAUAGCUACGGGCUACCCGCCAAUGAAACGUCUGUCCCUCUAGGCUCAGGAAAGGAGAUCAAGGAGCUCUCUGACUACGCGAAUGCGGAGGGUUAUGACGAUAAGUGGAUUAAGAAAGUCCUUGAUCUUCUUGACGAACAGGGUGUUGCCAAUGAGACUUUGAUAGUCUUCCUCGGUGAUCAUGGCGUCUCGCUGGUUGAGAACAAUAAGGCGUCCCCUUAUUACAAUCCCAGUGUUGGAGCAGACCAUGUACCUCUAGUUUUAUCUCACCCUCUUUUGCCUUCGUUCGAUGUUCACGAUGCAGUCCACUCUACCCAGGUUCUACCCACAAUCCUCGAUAUGCUUCUUGAGACAGGCUCGUUGGAAGGUGUCAGCCGAGAAGCCGCAGAGUCAUUACUACCAAACUACGAGGGCCAAUCUCUCAUAAGACCCUUGCAGACAAGCAACAACGAAACAGGUCAAGGGUACUGGCAAUUUACUGUCAUCAACCCUGGCCGAGCUAUGCUCAAUGUUCGUGAUGCUCGUCACCCGGAGCGUCAUUUGACAAUCCCCCUUAUUGAUAAUGUCGAGUGGAGACUAAGUGACGUCUCUGUUGAUUCCUUGGAAACAGAUGGUAUCCAAGCCUUCGACUUUGUGUCGUUCUUGGAAGCCGUCGAGACAAGGUGGGGUGCUGAGUGGGCUGGGUGGGUGGAAGAAGGUGCCUUUAUGACGAGGUGGCAUGUGCAAGAUAACAGCAAGCGAUGGAGAUAUGAGAGAAAUCCAAAGGUCAAAGAAAGAAAAGGCCAGUAA